AUGUCCGGCGUCGUCGACGGGGCCCAAAUCCGAGAAAAGUUAUGCCACAGCAAACUGGAACUGAGGCAUCAGAUAGGAUUGUCCGCCAUUGUCACGACGGGCCUUGCAUCAUCCUUGGCAGUCGUUAUACUACUAGGAUAUGUCGUUCGCAAUCAUGUCCAACUACGAAGACUUGAGCUUGCUGGACCGACCAAACGUUCAAGCCAUUUUUUCCGCACACAUGUGGAUUUUUAUAUGCUCAGUCUGCUGGUAGCAGAUUUACUCCAAGGUCUAGGUGCAGUCGUAAACAUUGAAUGGAUUCGAGGAGCAGAGUGCUACUGUGGUUCGCUCUGUAAAGCGCAAGGGGUGAUCCAAACACUCGGCGAAACCGGGGUUGCCAUGAGUACUUUGGCGAUAUCUGUACACACAUUUGUAGUAAUAUUCUUCAGUUGGCAUCCCCCUACGGGAGCGGCGGGGGCUCGAAUCUGGGGCAGUGUUAUCGCCCUCAUCUGGACCUACCUGUCCCUCUGCGUAUCAGUGGGAUUUGCGGUCAACCAGAAGAAACUGCGAUCCGCACCCGUAGAUGUGGCGCUGGAGGAGUUUUAUGCGCCCACUCCAUUUUAUUGUUGGAUUGGGCAAGGCUAUCUCAUCGAACGUAUCAUCUUUGAGUACUUCUGGAUCUGUGCUUUAUUCGAUUCUGUUCCUGCGCAUGCGGGGAUACAUUUCUGUAGAUCCAAAAGAUGGACCCACGUCCGAUUCCACUGGCGACGCACCUCGUCCUCGGAAAUGUCAUAUGUGACCGGACCCAACGGCGUGCGCUUACAGGCGAUGGCCACUCCUAGCGGGCGUCUAGUCAUUAAGCAAGAAACCAAGGACGCGCUCAAGAUGCUCUAUUACCCAGCCGCAUACACCGCGCUCGUCCUUCCCCUUUCGAUCGCAAGAUGGUCCACGUUCGACCCGACAAAACCUCCGGACCUUGAACGUACCGCCGCCGAGACGCCGUUCACAGCAACAGCGAUCGUCGUGACCAUAUUCGGACUCUCGGGCGUCGUCAACGUUAUCAUGUUCAUCACGACCCGACCCAACGUGCUCGGGUUUGGCGCGCGGCGUCAGGCCCGGGCGGAUCGAUUGCGCGAACAGGGACCGACGGGGCUCAGCACGUUUGGGAGUAUCGGUCCUACGGCGCGCGGGUUUGGUUCGGGAUCAGGGUCCCGAAGCGCGGGGAGCCACGGCGAGUUGCCUCCUCAUGGGGUGUUGGUCAUGCAAGAGAUCACUCGCUCGGCGUCCGAUGCACCAACGUCAGAGUCUUCCCCGCGACGCACAGCCGCGGACCAGCACCACACUAGGUCCGGACAUACGCUUCGGUUCGAAGUUCGGGAAGAUAGCGACUAUGAUCUAAGUGAUGUGGACUCAGAGACGAAAAAGGCUGGUCAUGAGGAAGUGGAUGUCGAGCAUCGGAGCCAGAGUGGAAUCAACCCACCUGCACCAGCGCAUCAUGCGCGUCAGUGA